CUCUGUAUGAAACUCCAGUGAUGUUGGGAUGUGUCAGAUCAGUCCGAUCAGCUGUCCAAUCAAUAACUGAUAUCCAAUCAGGGGGUGUGUCGGUCGGUAAUGACUUCCGCGAAGGCUGCACUCAUGUAGGCCUAUCCUUGCUUCCCUCUCCUCUGAAAGCCUUCUCUCUCCUCGACUCCUCCGAGCGCAUUUAACGUAUUGAGACGUCCUACAAGAUGGCGAGUGUGGAUCGAUUUCCGUGAGUGAUCGAGGCUCGAGGACCGCGGAGUCGAGGAGGGAUAUUGGGAUGAACCAUUGGAUUCAGCGUCUGCCCUCGCAGACUUUGCGUGAUGACAGAAAAUACGUCAUACGACGUCCAGAGGGUGUCAGCCUUGGAUUCAGUCUCCGACUUGACCACGGCUCUCCUUCACCGCCCCCUGCUGUCUGUUGGCCGCUAUUCACUGAGACGUUCUCUGACAGUGUCCUCCCUCAUCAUCACCAGCAGGGAAGUGAUGUCAGACACACCUAGCAGCAGAUCACUCAACACAGACAGCAAGAGAGACACAAUCUGACCUAAACUCCUCAAAAUCCAUCUUCAUCCGUGGACAGUUGACGCGUAUCCAUAUGAUAAAUAGCGAGAGCACAAAGUACAGACUUAAACCUUUUAAACAAGCUGCGUAUUACCACAAUAUGAGGCUUGGGCUGUAAACCUGGACAUUUAGGAUAUUUGGGAGCUAGCGAGCCUGCUUGCUAGCCGAACACAGAUUGCUUAUCAUGGAGUUGAGAGUGGGGAACCGAUAUAGACUGGGCAGGAAAAUAGGAAGUGGAUCAUUUGGGGACAUCUAUCUGGGUACUGAUAUCUCAGUGGGAGAGGAGGUAGCCAUCAAGUUGGAAUGUGUGAAGACCAAACACCCACAGCUCCACAUAGAGAGCAAAAUCUACAAGAUGAUGCAGGGUGGAGUGGGUAUUCCAACAAUAAAGUGGUGUGGGGCCGAGGGUGACUAUAAUGUGAUGGUGAUGGAGCUGCUGGGGCCCAGCCUGGAGGAUCUGUUCAAUUUCUGCUCUCGGAAGUUCAGCCUCAAGACGGUCCUGCUUUUGGCUGACCAGAUGAUCAGCCGCAUUGAAUACAUCCACUCCAAGAACUUCAUCCAUAGAGACGUGAAGCCAGACAAUUUCCUGAUGGGGCUGGGCAAGAAGGGCAAUCUGGUUUACAUCAUCGACUUCGGCCUGGCCAAAAAGUACCGCGAUGCCCGCACACACCAGCACAUCCCCUACCGUGAGAACAAGAACCUGACCGGCACCGCCCGCUACGCCUCUAUAAACACACAUCUGGGCAUCGAACAGUCCAGACGGGACGACUUGGAGUCGCUGGGCUACGUCCUCAUGUACUUCAACCUGGGCUCUCUGCCCUGGCAAGGCCUCAAAGCUGCCACUAAAAGGCAGAAGUAUGAGCGCAUCAGUGAGAAGAAAAUGUCCACGCCCAUUGAGGUCCUCUGCAAAGGCUAUCCAUCGGAGUUUGCCACCUACCUGAACUUCUGCCGCUCUCUGCGGUUCGAUGACAAGCCAGACUACUCGUACCUCCGCCAGCUCUUCAGGAACCUCUUCCAUAGACAGGGCUUCUCCUACGACUACGUCUUUGACUGGAACAUGCUCAAAUUUGGUGCCAACAGAGCAGUGGAGGAUGCAGAGAGGGAGCGUCGGGAGCGGGAGGAGAGGCUGAGGCACAGCAGGAACCCCGGCGCCAGGGGCAUGGCCUCAGCCUCGGGAAGAGCCAGGGCAGCUCAGGACGUCACAGCCCCCUCACCACUCAACCCUGCCUCACACACAGGUAUGGAGAAGGAGAGGAAGGUGAGCAUGCGUCUUCAUCGUGGGGCACCUGUGAACAUCUCCUCUUCAGACCUGACGGGGCGCCAGGACAACUCCCGCAUGUCUUCACAGGCCCUGUCCCGGGUCACACCCAGUGGCCUCCAGUCUGCAGCUCCACGGUGAAACCCUCCCCUCCACCUGUGAACCAUGGAGGCCUCAACAUGCACACACACACACACACACACACACACACACACACACACACACACACACACAAACACACACACACACACACACACACACAUACAUAUGUAUAAAGGACACAGAGGACGCCCAAUCAAUGCACCAGAGUCUAGCUGUGCUUUUUUUUCACUUAACACACAACCAGGAGUGUGUGUGUGUGUGUGUGUGUGUGUGUGUGUGUGUGUGAGAGAGAGAGAGAGAGAGAGAGAGAGAGAGUGAGAAUGAGAGAGAGAGUGAGAAAGAGAGAGAGUGAGAGAUGGGUGGGUUCAGUACUGUUUCGUAGCAGCCACCUUACGGUUGAUAAAGCCAUGAAUUCACUUUUUUAUUUUUUAUUUUUUUUUAAACUGGUCUUACUUUUUUUUAGUUCUUUAGCGUUAAAGCUUCUCUGACACCAGCGCUGCUGAUGAGACUUCACAAGGGUUUGAAACUGGAGAAUGACAAGUCUGUUAGCUGUUGAAAAUAGUGUGUGGGACAUUUCUAAUUAUGAAAGCAGGAAGACAUGAUCCAUCAUAGCAGUGUUAAAGACUAUAAAUCCCACAAGUCAACUUCUUUUUUUCUUUCUUUUUUUUCUUUUUCGGUGUCUGACGUUUAAAUGUAAAGGUAGGACAACCCCUUUGUUUCUAAAAUGGGACAAAGGGUCUUUUAAUGUUAUAUUUUCAAAUGUUUUUUGUCCUCCUCAGGUGUGUUAGAACCAGAAUGAUGUAGUUUAUCUAAAAACAUGCAGCACAUUGUCUUUCUGUCUUCAGGUUUUCUGCUUGGGGAAAGCUGUGAAUGGAACCAUCUGUCCACAUUGAACAGACGAGUUGUUUUAAUUGGGUGCAUAGUGAUGUGGUUUUGUGUUUGUUUGUAUGGUUCUGUCUUGGGGUUCUACAAGCUCAAAUGGGUGGGAUGAACAUGUUGAGGGGCAUUUUCUUGUAGGUUUUAACUCCUUUGCCUCCUAACCUCACUGUAGGAAACCUAACCCUCUGCCUCCAUUUAGCUUUUUUCCAAUGAUACCUCUGGCCAUUUUGUAACUAGACCUUGACAAAUACUCAUUGUCUGUCUUAUUGAUGGGCUUUGACCAGAAUUUCAGGGAUUUAAAACCUGCCUAUCUGGGUGUGCAUGUCCAAUACUAGAUCAGUAGAUGUUACUAAAAUUGACCUCACAUGCUUAAAUGAUGUCUUUUCCAGUGCGAUGAUGAUUGCUGCAGUUUAGUUUACAGUUUCAGUCAGCAAGCCUAGAGCAAACAAUGAGCUUGUAAAUUCAUGACAGAGGCAUAACGGUGGAUACUUUACAUCCGUUUUUAGGAUUUUUCUUGGAAAAAUGCCUCCUGAGAAGCAAAACAAACUACUUUAUAGUGAUACUGGUGGGAAUCGGGCAACUUCCCAAUCCAUUACUUGUAGCCCAACAUCCCAAUCUCCCAGUUCAAAUCAUUUAAUAUUGAUAACACAAGAUUUAGUUACAUGGUUGCACAGUGCACAAAUAAACUGUGAUCUGAAUUGAAGCCAGUAAGUUUAGAUGAGGUGUCCUUGACUUGUGGCUAAAAUGAAGGCACUUAUUAAUAAUGGAGAAAACUAAUCAGCCUGUGGAAAAAGGUUGAAUGUUGCCUGAUGUUGGACAGAACUGUCAACUCGUUACACUCUGUUUCCAUCUUCAGUCUGACAUUGCAUCCACUUUGAUUUCCGUGGGGGAGGGGGAUUCGACUUUCCCCAACCAAUCACUAGAGACCAACCUAUCUGUCUGAGUGUAACAUCAUUUUAACAUGCCAACAUACUGGCUUUGCUGGGGUUUCAAGAGUGAAAGCGGAGCAAUAUAGUGGGCAAUAUUGAGAAGACAUGUUGUUUAGAGCAGCCUGGAUAGCAGCCUUUGUUAUAUUCCUCAUUGGUUCUGGCACACUGCUUGACAACAGCUCGUCAAUGAUUUUGCUCCCCAUGCGGCACUAAUUUGAUUGUUUAUUAUUUUAACUGGGAAGCCGCUGUUUUAUGUCCCAAUGCCAGAUGAAAUGAGUCAACUCGAACUCGAUGGAUUGGGCAGAUUAAGAGGUCUUGACCCAGGGAAGGCAGAAUGUCUUCUGUAGCCUGUGAAAGCUAACGCAGGAUCCAGGCUUUGUGGAGAAUGAUCCACUCAAGGGUGAGCUGAUACCGUAGCCCUUGUUGCCUAAAUUUUGACCAUUUUUCUUUUGAUCUUUUUUGGCAGGUCCCACACUGAUUAGCUAGAGUGCAUCUAAUGCCACUGUAUAGACAUUUAAUCUGUCAUUAAAUUUGAAAGGAGAUGGCAUCCAUGGAGCACAGCAGGGUCAAUUAUAUAAUGAACUGAAGCAAUCUAAGGCUUAACGUAACCAGUAUAGUUCAGUUCAACUGCAAUCAGGCCCAAGAUUGAUCUUUCUGACCAGCUUGGGACCUCCCCAUAUCACACAAGGUCACACAAGCAAUGUGACAGUCCAGGGAUAAGAAAUGGACUGGAGUGAUUUAAUAUCAGGCUAAAUGGAAGUGCGGACGUUUUGGAGAGCUAUUGAGUGUUGUCUUAUGAAAGGAAGUCCCAAGUGUGUCCCUGCUAAGUCUAAGCUGAGUCUCAUCUGUGUCCCACCUGAGUCCCAGGUAUGUCCCAUCUGUGUCACAGGUUCGUCCCAGCUGAGUCCCGGCUACGUCCCAACUGAGUCCCCACCUUAGUGGAGCUGCGAGCCUCGUGGCUCUUUUUGGUGACGCGUGUCUUCCAUCUGAGCAGUCUGACCAGUAAUACCUGCAGCAAUUGAAAUAUAAAAUCCUUGAUGUGGUUGCAAAGUAUUUUAGGCCAUUUAGUUGAAUUGGAGAGGGGGGAAGGGGAUGUAGUGGUAAUUUGUCCAUGUUUGUUCUGUUGUGUAUAGGAUGUGCUUACUCUGUGUACCAUGUCCACAUGAGCCGCUGUUUGAUAGUAAUAGUGUGAAGAGGGACUGGGAAUGCCUCACAUUAGUUUUUGCUUUUGUUGUUGUUUUGUUUUUUUUGGUCAUAAGUGUACUUCACCGGUGGGCUUGAGAAACAAACAAAAAAGGGAUGGAUUAACUUGUUUGUCUUGCUUCUGAUGGCUAUGAUAGAUGCAAGUACACUUUACAGGGGAGUACAGUUUUUUCAGUUUGUCAUGUCUGCUUCUCAGUUAUUUCUUAUUUUGUCACCUCCUGUUCAAUUUUGCUUUUAACUAUGCAUUGAAUAUGGUUAAUCAUAUCCAACAAUGCAUCUCUUAGUAUGGAUUCAUGGGAAAUCUUUCUUUCCACUUCCACCUUACGACUUUUGCUCCUCAAUUGUAAUGCUACUGUAUUUGUGUAUUUUAAAAAUGUAAAUAAAUUAAAAAGUACUUGUAUUAGUUGGUUUUUACUGAUUGGGCUGGCUGAAAUUAAAAGCUAAGAAAAUGA